AUGGAUUUCACUGUGAGUAAGAUAAAGUUUGAGGCCCCACAAGACAGCAGCAGGGGGCUGCGGCUGUCUGCUGAUCUGUCUCUGCAGGUCCCCCUCGAUGUGUCUAUACACCUGAGCGGUAUCUCCUUUCAGCUGCUGCUGCCGCGCACCCAGCAGCACCAGCACCACCAGCACCAGCAGCAGCAGCAGCAGCAGCAGGAGCAGCAGGAGCAGCAGCAGGAGCAGCAGGAGGAGGAGGAGUAUGGGGCUGGUUUGUUGUAUUUAGGAGAGCUGUUUGUGCCUGAGUUUGAGCUGAAGGGGGGCGUUGCUGAGCUGCAUGCAGAGGGUCUUAUAAACCCAGCAGCAGGAGACCUAGGUGAGGUGUCUCUGUUUGUAUCGAGGGUGCUGGGGGGACUGUCUCCUCCCGUGGUUGUUAGGGGGAGAGGUGUCUCCUCUGUCGGCGGCUACCCCGCCCCACACUGGCUGAAGGAGACACUUCAGCACAUACACCUCACGGUGUCUCUGCCCCCUCUUGAGGGCCUUAUAGACUCUGCUUUCUCUCAACUGCAACACAUACACCUCACGGUGUCUCUGCCCCCUCUUGAGGGCCUUAUAGACUCUGCUUUCUCUCAAUUAAAAAUGGAUAGAUUGACGCUGCGGAUGCUAGAAGGAGACAGAGAAGAAAAAGAAAAUAAUAAAGAGACAGACAGAGACACAGACGGAGACAGAGACAAAAGGAGACAACACAAAGACACAGGAGUGCUGCUGGGCGCAACCAUCGCCGCAUCCAUCAACAGCCCCUUCGGAGACAGCUCACCCAUACAAAUCAAACGCGUAGGCGUAGACAUUCAGCUGCUAGAGAUGCAGCAGCAGCAGCAGCAGCAGCAGCAACAACAGCAGCAGCAGCAGCAGGAGGAGGAAAAGGAGCAGCAGCAGGAAGAGGAGACAGGAGACGACGACGAGAGACCCUCUGGAGGUGUCUCUGCGCGGCGGUUGCAGGCAGCAGAGCAGCAGCAGCAGCAGCAGCAGCAGCAGGAGCAGGAGGAGGAGACAGCAGGUGUUGAGGGUCGUUCUGUGGGGCGUUUGGUUGUUGAGGAGAGGGAGGUGACGCAGGUGGGAUCGAUCGUCUCCUUUGAGGUGUAUGAGUUGCUGCAGUUUAGAGACAGGGGAGAGACAUUUGCUUCUCUAGCUUUGUCUAUAAUGCAAGAGCAGCAGCACGUGAGGGUGGGGGUAAAGGGGACAGCAUCUGUUCUUCUUUUGUCUCCUUUGGGGGAGCUACACCUCACCGGGCUGCCUAUACACUCCGUUGUAUUCAUCAAGGGUUUAGGGUUGUUUCAGCCACAAACCCUCAAAACCCUCGCCGCCUCUGCUCUCAACAGUCUCCGUAUAUACGACAUAAACCCCACCACCAAGGCGUCUCCUCACGCCCCUAUCACCCCCCCCACCAGCAGCAGCAGCAGCAGCAGCAGCAGCAGUGGUGACCAAGGCGUCUCCUCACGCCCCUAUCACCCCCCCCACCAGCAGCAGCAGCAGCAGCAGCAGCAGCAGCAGCAGCAGCAGUGGUGGUGGUGGUGUGGGUCUGGGUGA